AUGCUAAAUGAAGGCUCUGAUCCUGACCCAAUAAAUAUUUACUGCUCAACUCCAUUAUCAAUAGCCGCACAACAUAAUCAAGCACAUUUGAUAAAGCAGUUCUUGGAUACAGGAAGGGUAAACGUUGCUUCUCAGGAUUUUUUUGGGCGGACGCCACUGUGGUACGCUCGACGAUAUGGAUAUGCUGAAGUCGAACAACUUCUACUUGAACAUAUCAAGGAGAGGGAUUAUCAUGAUAUUCAGCUGUCAAAAGAUAUGCAGGCUGGAGACUCAAUGAAUCACAUAUAA